UUCAGUUUUUACUUGGAGUUUCAUUUUCAUUCAUUAAGAAGAAGAAGAAGAAAAACACUUGUUUGGGGAGUUUGAUCUUGGAGAUGUCAAGCGCUAUGGAGGAAGAAGGGGUUAGCUUGGAGGAGUUGAAGAAGAGAAUGGCCGAGUUUGCAAAGGAAAGAGAUUGGGAUCAGUUUCACAGCCCUAGGAAUCUCCUGUUGGCCCUGGUGGGGGAAGUGGGGGAGCUGUCGGAGAUAUUUCAAUGGAGAGGAGAGGUCGAAAGGGGACUCCCCGAUUGGAAAGACGAAGAGAAGCAACACUUGGGGGAGGAGCUGUCGGAUGUGUUGCUAUACCUCGUCAGGCUGUCCGAUAUCUGCGGGGUUGAUCUCGGCAAAGCUGCUUUGAGGAAGAUGGAGCUUAACGCCAUUAAAUACCCAGUCGGGAUCUGCAAAGGUUCAUCCAAAAAGCACACGCUUUUCCAUGCAGAUAAGAGCGAUGCUAAUGGUGAUAUUGCAGCUGUGGAUCAGGGACAUCGACAGUGACAUUACAUGGCACGGAAAGGAUCUAUUUUGAUGUUUGAUGCUUGCUUAGACUAUACUGCUUGGAUUAGAUGAUUAAUGUCGUAUAAUUAGUAUUGAUUUUUAGUAUUUUUUUUGUUUAUUUGAAUGAGCACAAUCUGGGGUGGUGUGCCAUAAUGCCUGGAGUGAGUAAUAGUUAAAUAGUAGAGUGUCUUUAAGAGAUUUCAUGGCUGCUUGUGGUCACCGUGUGAACUGCAGUGAAUUGAUUUGCAAUGAAAUGUCAACGUUUAUUUUAAUGUUUCUCUUUUCUUGAGAAA